UGAUUGGAGUUGCUAUGGUGAGCAGAAUUCUGUUUACACUCCCUCCUCCAGCUGACCCGGAGCAGGGCUGGGCAGCCAGCAAAGGAGCAGCAACCAAAGGCGGAAAAACCAGGAGACAGUGUGCAGUGGGGUGAGGGUGCCAUGGGUCCCCUGCAGUUGCAGCAGUUGACGGUUGUGGGGCUUCUCAAGGAGCCUGUGUUCCACGUGGCAAAGUGUACAGCAGAGGCUCUGAGGCUGAAUUUUCCGACCAAGAUUGCAGAGCCUGUAGUGCUUCCUCUAUUAGAAUUUGCAUGGCAUGAAUAUUUACAGGAGAAAAAAAAGAAACUGAAAGGUGAAACCUGGGAGUAUCCCUCCAGCGUGAUGUGUUUUAUUGAUGGCCAACUGCUGGGAAGUGAACAAGAACUGCUCAAGUGGGCUUAUGACAAGUGGAACUACCAAGAUUUUAAACCUGUGGCACUUUACCAAGCUAUUACUGAGGAUUUUUGCACCAAACAUAUGCAAAACACCAAGCAUGUGUUUGUGUACUUGGACAUAGCUAUUCAGGAGCAGCCCACAGGCACCUUGUUAUUUGAGCUCUAUUCUGAUAUGUGCCCCAAAACCUGUGAGAAUUUUCGCUCUUUGUGUACAGGAGAAGCAGGGACCUCUCGCAGUGGUCUGGAGCUUACUUAUAAAGAGUCAGUUUUUCAUCGAUUAGUAAAAAAUGGCUGGAUACAAGGAGGAGACAUAACAGCUGGAAGAGGAGAUGGUGGUGAGUCAAUUUAUGGACCCACUUUUGAAGAUGAAAACUUUUCCAUUCCUCACAACAAAAGAGGGAUUCUUGGGAUGGCCAACAAGGGACGUCACAGCAAUGGUUCACAGUUUUAUGUCACGCUACAGCCAGCUCCCUAUAUGGAUAAAAAAUAUGUGGCUUUUGGACAGCUGAUUGAAGGUACAGAAGUUCUUCAGAAACUAGAAGAUGUAUCUACGUACAAUGAGAGGCCUGUAGUAGAAUGUAAAAUUAUUAACUGUGGUGUUCUUGUGCCUUGAUUACAGCCAAUUUCACUUCCUACUGUAAUGUGUAAAAAUGCAUAUGUUUCUGACCAGCCUUUUAUAGAUUUUGUAGGCUUUUUUAAUCUAAAAUAGCAUUUUUAUACAUCUAAACUUUAGCUUGAUAUUUUUUCUAUUCUAAACAUGUUCAUGGCUUGUUCACACACAUUCUUACAUUAAUAUACUAAUGGGCCUGGGAAUUUAACUUCAUGCCGUUAUAUAGCUAUACAAAUUAUUGUGUAAAUAUGGAUGUCCAGUGAGAGAUUACAUUACUGUAGGCUGCACUAUAAAUAAUCCUAUUAAGUAGAACACCAAUUAGGACUACUUCAUAAAUGAAUUUGCUAUUGAUUGUGUCCAUUCAUCACAAUCAGUUAUUUACCUUUGGCCCAAUUCUGCCAUUCUUGAGUCACACUAAGUCAGACCUUACACCACUGGUAGUACUAUUAAAAUCAGUGCAUGUGGGGUAAGGUACAACUCAACAUAAGGGUGGUACUGGGUGGUCUCUGAAUAUUAGAGGUCUGAUCUUGCUUACACCAGUUUAAACCAAGAGUUACCACUGAAGUCAAUGGAGCUACACCAGAGUAAAACCAUUAUACAUAACAUUAGACCCAGGCCCUAGACAUAUUUAAUUAUUUUGUUUCCAGAUUGUAUCAAAUUAUUAAGAUAUUUGUACUCAACUGAGUCCAUUAAAAUGCUAAAAUUACUCCAAAACAGGAAAUUAUAAACUAUACCCUAUUUGCAAAAUCUCAUGGAUAUCUUGGAUAAGUGAAUAGCAAUGAGUAGAUGUGGUUUCAGUGAGUGUGGAAGUUCCACAUAAAGAAGUCAAUGUUUAUCUAAAUGCUGUAAAAACACUUUUAUUUGUGACUCAGGAGACUAAACACACAAUUCAUUGACAGUUGCCGUAGUAGUAAUUUCUGAGAUGAAAGAUCUCUCUUAGGCAUAGCACAGGGGUAGUGACAGCAGCUGGUUUCAACAGAAGCUGGCAAAUGGCUGGCAAGAGUGUGGAAAAUGAAAAAGUGUCCCAGAAUCUCAAGGAAGGUAAUCUAUAACAAUUAAAAUCUCUCUAACAUGUCUGCAACUGGCAAAAGUCUUUGAAUUUUUACUUUACCUUCCUGUGUAAAGCACUCUGAAAGCAACAGAUGAAAAUUUCUAAGAGCUAAGUAUAACAAUGACUUUUUGUGUUAGCAUUUGGAUUCUGGUAAUCAGAACUAAUAGAAUUUCCCACUGUCAUUUGAUUAUAGAAUUAUUAUCUUCAUUGCUUCGUUCUAUGCCAAAGUUGAAAUGGACAAGUUAAUAGAUUUUCUAAUUAAAAGAAAAAUGACUGGA